AUGAGUGAGGCCAACAGUUCUCUGGAACAAAUUCUUUCUCAACUGAAAUGCCAUUUCACAUGGAAUUUAUUUAAGAAUAAGGUCAUCCCAGAGGACCUGGAAGAGAGAGUGAAUGAGCAGAUUGAAGAUUUAAACUCCGAGUUCAAAGGCACAAUGUACAACAUGCUGGCCUACAUCAAACACUUAGAUGGUCAGAACGAGGCCGCCCUGGAAUGCUUGAAGCAAGCUGAAGAGUUCACCCGGCAAGAGCACGCUGACCAAGCAGAGGUCAGAAACUUGGUCACCUGGGGAAACUACGCCUGGGUCUACUACCACCUGGGCCGACUCCCAGAAGCUCAGGCUUACAUUGACAAGGUGAAACAGGUGUGUGAGAAAUUUUCUAACCCCUAUAGCAUUGAGUGCCCUCAACUGGAAAGUGAGGAAGGAUGGACACGGCUCAAGUGUGGAAAUAAGCAAUUUAUAAGGGCCACAGUGUGCUUUAAGAAGGCUCUGGAAAAACACCCAAAUGACCCUGAAUUUACCUAUGGACUGGCCAUUGCGACAUACCAUAUGAAAGACAGGCCAGCACCUUUAAAUGACACUGACCUUCUGCGCAAAGCCAUUGAACUAAAUCCUGACAACCACUAUGUUAAAUUGCUCUUGGCUCUGAGACUUCAGAAAAUGGGUAACAGUGAAGGAGAGAAGAUAGCUGAAGAAUUCCUGGAGAAAGGCCAAUGUGUAACAAGUAUGCUUCAACAAGCAGCCAAGUUUUAUCAAACCAAAGGAGAUUUGGACAAAGCUAUAGAGCUUCUUGAAAGGGUUUUAGAAAAGCUGCCAAACAAUACCCGCAUACACUUCACUAUUGGGACUUGCUAUCAACAAAAAGUACGCCAAAUAUGGUGGCAAAAUAAUCAAAUGUCUCAAGAAAAAGAGAAGGCACAGUAUCUACGAAGACAAGCUAUGAAUCAUUUUAAGAAAGCUGAUAACAACAGAAACAUCUCCAAAAUCAACCUCAAUCUUGCUUUCCUCCAUGCAAUAGCAAGUGAACUUAAGGAAGCAGAACAUUACUACCAAAGAGAAUUUAGCAAAAAGCUUCCUCCUUCAUGUGAGCAAAAGCUCCAAGUAAAAUACGGCAAGUUUCUUUUCUAUAACAUGAAGAAUGAAGAUGGCGCCAUCCACCACUACAUGGAGGCUGUGAAAAUAAACUACGAAUCACAGGAAAGAAAAGAAGCAAUGAAACUACUGACUAAAAUAGCCCAAAAGAGAGUUAAUGAAAAUAGAACAGAUUCCCAGACUUUGCACCUUUCGGAAUUCCUUCAGCAGCAAAAUUGA